AUGAACCAUGAGCUAACAGGUUCGGUGCUUUCUUUUAAUCGAAUGAUUGAGACCAUACCUGUACCUCCUGUUCGUCAAUUCAAUCAUAUCUUGAUUAAAAUUGCUAAAAUGAAGCAAUACCCUACUGCCAUCUCUCUCAUUCUGGACCAUGACCUGUUAGGCUUCAACUCUUCUGUUAAACCUAAUUUAUAUACAUUUAGCAUUGCCAUGAACUGCUUCUGCCAUACAGGUAGAGUGGAUUUAGGUUUCUCAGUGUAUGGAAGAGUGGUUAAGCUCGGUUACAAGCCCGAUUCUGCUAUCAUUCAUACUCUGAUAAGGGGGCUUUGUGAUAAUGAUGGCCCACAAGCUGCUCAUCGUUUUCUUCAGCUUGUGGAGGAAACUAAGGGCUUUCAUCUAGGCACAACUGAGUAUAAUACAAUCAUCAAUGGCCUUUGCAAAGAUAGACAUCUUACUGAAGCUCUAGAAAUCUAUUUCGAAAUGGAAAAGAAAGGUAUUCUUCCUGAUGUUAUAACAUUCGAUAGUUUGAUUCAAGGUUACUGUAAUUUGGGUUUAUGGGAAAAGGUGAAUGGAUUAUCUACUGAAAUGAAAGCUAAAGGAAUUUCAUAUGAUAUAGUCACGUUUAGCAUUUUAGUUCAUUAUUGGUUUAAACAAGGAUGUGUGCCUAAUGCUUUCACUUACACUACACUAAUCAAUGGAUAUUGUUUGGUUGGAAAAGUGGAUGAAGCUAGAGAGAUCUUUGAGGUUAUGAUUCAAGAAGGGUAUGCACCUUGUGUUGUUAGCUAUAGCAUCUUGAUUGAAGGAUACUACAAGAGCAAAAAGAAAGAAAAGAUUGAAAAAGCAUGUGAUCUCUUUAGUGAAAUGUAUGGAAAUGGAAUUGUUCCUAAUGUAGUCACCUGCACCUCUCUUAUAAAUGGUUUAUGUCAUGUGGGAAGACCCAAAGAGGCAUUUCGGCUUCUUAUUUAG